AUGCAGGUCCAAAAUCUUCUUGCAGUGCUUUCUGCAGCCAUUCUUUUCCAAUCUACUAAUGCUCUUAAUGCGUGCCCCGGCACAGACACAGUCUUUACUGGUAAAAAAGGCGUCAGGUACCGAAUAUGUCCUGCAACUGACCUCACUGGACCUACGUCAAAGGUGACGCGGAACAUCGCUUCCGCCACGGCAUGUGCACAGCUCUGCGACCAGGAUGCUGAGUGCUUCAAAGCCGUUUACGACACACAGACCAAGAAUUGUCACUUCAAGGAAAUCACUGGCUUGGACUGGGUUGACAGCGCUCGCUUCCAAACCAUCCAGGCCGAACAAAUCAACAUUGCUCGCUGUCCUGCCAACGAAGGAACCUACCACAGGAACAGGAAACAAUACAGCGUCUGCCCGGGUACGAAUCUCCGCGGACCAACGGAGAAGCUUAUCCCACGAGUCCAGAGCUUUGAACAAUGUGCAUACUUGUGCGCCAGCAGGACUACGUGCAAAGCAGCAGUAUACGAUUCAGCCGAGUCUGCAUGCCAUAUCAAAGCCGAUGCGCGUUCCAACAUGUUGAUCUGGUCUACCGACAAGCGCUUCGAUGUGAUGCAACUUAUCGAGCCAAAGGUCCCUGCAAGGGAUGGACAAUGGUCGGAUCUCAUCCGCCUCCCAGUAAUUCCCGUCGCCGCCUACAUUGUUCCUGAAUUCCCAGUCUCGAACCGACUCCUGGUUUUCUCCAGUUGGGGCGCAGAUGCCUUUGGCGGCGCUGGUGGAUAUACACAGUUUGCCGAUUACAACUUUCACACUGGAGCCGUCUCCGCUCGUACAGUGAGCAACACUCACCACGAUAUGUUCUGCCCUGGUAUGAGCCGUCUUCAGGAUGGACGACUUGUGAUCCAAGGCGGAUCAGAUGCAUCCACCGUUAGCGAUUACCAUCCAGACACAAACACCUUUACGCGUGGCCCCGACAUGAAAAUGGCUCGUGGUUACCAAUCAGCCUGCACCACAUCGGACAACCGCAUCUUCACCAUUGGAGGCGCAUACUCCGGUCCGCGUAUGGGCAAGAACGGCGAGGUCUUUGAUCCUGUUACCAACGCAUGGACUGCUCUCCCCGGCGCGAAUGUGACGCCGAUGCUCACCACCGACCACGAGGGUAUCUGGCGUGAAGACAACCACGCAUGGCUCUUUGGCUGGAAGAACAAGUCAGUGUUCCAAGCUGGCCCCAGCAAGAACAUGAACUGGUAUGGAACAACUGGCACGGGAGCCCAAAAGGCAGCUGGUACACGCGACACUGUCGAUGCCAUGUGCGGUAUUUUUGCCAUGUACGAUGCGACUGCUGGAAAGAUCUUGACCGCUGGUGGUUCUCAGGACUACACCGACUCCAACGCCUACACCAGCGCCCACCUUAUAACUAUCGGCGAGCCCAACACGCCCGCCCAGGUCGAGCGUGCCCCUGACAUGACGUACGCCCGUGGUUUCGCCAAUGCCGCCAUCCUGCCUGAUGGCACUAUCUUUGUCAGCGGUGGACAGCGCCGCUCCAAGGUCUUCACCGACGACGACGGCGCUCUGUUCCCCGAGCUCUUCAACCCAGUGACCAAGAAGUGGACUGUACUCGCCCCCCAGGCCGUCCCCCGCAACUACCACUCGACCAGCAUCCUGCUUUCAGAUGGCCGAGUCUUCACCGGCGGUGGUGGUCUCUGCUGGGUUGCAGGUAUAGGCCGCAGCUCUGCCAACUGCAACAAGCUGGUGGACCACCGCGACGGCCAAAUCUUCUCUCCACCCUACCUCUUCAACCAGGACGGCUCCGCCGCCGCCCGCCCGGUCAUCGCCUGGCUCAGCGCCCAGAAAGUCAAGGUCGGCGGCCAGCUUACCGUGCAGCUCCAAAGCGCCAGCGCCGGUGCUUCCCUGGUCCUCAUGCGCAUCGGCAGCGCCACCCACUCCGUCAACACCGACCAGCGCCGCGUCCCCCUUAAAAACGUCAGAGUCAACGGCAACACUUACACCGCUACCCUCCCCGCCGACAGCGGAAUCCUCAUCCCAGGCUCCUACUACGUCUUUGUUGUUUCCAAGACAGGAACACCCAGCAUAGCGCAAACACUGCAGGUUGUUCUUCCAUAAACGCCCUUCCCUUCUUAUCUACCCAACGUUCCAAACCAUAUACUUGCAGAGACGAAGAUACGCUACGCCACCUACCUUUUUUUUUAUUUUCCGGUUUUGAUUCUACCUCGCCUGGAUGUCACACAAACCCACGCUCGCUGCGCCCGCCCGCCCUCGGAACACACUCACUCACUCACUCACUCACUCACUAUACUCAACUUUU